CCUGCUGCCUGUUGCGCUUCAUCAUCAGGUAGCACCUGGGCGCUGACUGGAAACAGCACCACAUCUGCCAGCAUCCAGUCAAGUCUUUGCCUCAAGAGUCUCAGAGCAUCUUUGCUGGGGUACCAGUUAUGUCAAACCCAGUGGGUAGUGUAUCAGAAACCACAACAUAUGGAUCCCGGAUUGGGAUGAGAGAGGACUCCCUCUCCAUCCUGGAACGAAGCGGAGGCUGUGAAGACCCCUGGAAGAUGGGUGAAACCAAGCCAAAUUUAGAAGCCCCAGAGCGUGGCGUGCCAGGCGUCUACCUCUCCUGCUUCGACAUGCUCCUCACAGAAGAUGCCACAUGGCUGGUGAAAGUUUCAGAGGCAUCUCCAACACUGGCUUUACCCAUGAGCCGGCCAGAACCCAGAGAGGAACCAGAGCAGUGCCCGGUCAUUGAUAGCCAGGAACAGGGACUCUCUCCUGGGCUGGAGGGGCAGGAGGAGGAGCGAUCUCUGGAACAGGUGCAGAGCAUGGUUGUAGGAGAAGUACUGAAGGACAUUGAAACGGCCUGCAAACUGCUCAACAUCACUCCAGAUCCAAUAGAGUGGAACACUGCGAAUGUCCAGAAGUGGCUGCUCUGGACUGAACAUCUGUACAGACUGCCCCAUGCAGGAAAGGCCUUCCAGGAGCUGACGGGAAAGGAUCUGUGCGCCAUGAGCGAGGAGGAGUUUCGCCAGCGUUCCCCGCAGUGCGGAGACACGCUGCACGCACACCUGGACAUAUGGAAGUCAGCUGCAUGGAUGAAGGAGCGGUUUUCAAUUGGGGAUACCAAAACUACAGGCAGCGAGGAGCUGUGGUCAGAGGCAGAUUCAUCGUGUUCAGGUCAACCUAUUCAUCUCUGGCAGUUCCUCAGGGAGCUCCUGCUCAAACCUCACAACUAUGGACGCUGCAUUCGCUGGCUCAACAAAGAAAAAGGCAUUUUCAAAAUCGAAGACUCUGCUCACGUCGCGAGACUGUGGGGGCUCCGAAAGAAUCGGCCUGCAAUGAACUACGACAAGCUGAGCCGCUCCAUACGUCAGUACUACAAGAAAGGCAUCAUCCGCAAGCCUGACGUGUCUCAGAGACUGGUGUACCAGUUUGUGCACCCAGUAUGAGGUUGCAAGCAGAAUGGAAGGACGAGACGAGAACUUACAAACUAAAAAGGACAAAUUGUGUCACCAUGCACCUGAAACAUCUAAUCCCUGACAUGAAAAGGUGGCAUGGAACAUGUGCACUGACUAACCCCAAUGGAACACACCUCCACUGCCAACACGGAAGUAACAGCUGGCAGCAGCUGGAUGAAACUUUAUCUGUGCAGAGCCAGACAGGAAGAGACAAAACAGUGUGGCUGUUGAGGCUUUUUCCUGCUGCAAAAUGAAGCAAACAGAUAAGAGAUUCAAAAUAGACAAAACAAAACAGAAAAAAUGAUAAAUGAACUGCCUUAUUAUUUGCAUGAUCUGCCUGUUUAUAUUUCUUUACUAUGAAUCCCAGAUAUCUUGAACUCAUAUAAAGCGUUACAACUGAUCGCUCAGAUAAAAGCGUCUACAGCUGCACUGGCUUUGUCUGAACAGGAAACUCUCUUCUUUGUAGCUCAUCUUAAAAGUACUGAAAAGGAGGCUUCCUCUUUUGGGGCAUUGUUCCAAACCCUGCUGUGGGAAUGUUGAUGGGGCACUUGUAUAUAUUUUUGUUUUCUAAUUAUAACUUCUUAAGUGUGAUGCAUUCUCCUUUGAGGGGCUUUAUAUAGUUUACCCUGCCUGGUCCAUUUAUAUAGCUGUACACUGCAAUUAAUGCUGCGGGUGUCUGAAUCCCAAAGUUUUCAAAAGAAAAGAAAAGAAAAAGACCUGAAAUGAAUAAUCACAUACAAAAUAUGUAAUAAAAAUGAAGUUUUACCUGAGAAUGACAUGUUCCACAAAUUCAUUGAUCCUGGAAUAUGAAAUAAUUUUUUCCCCCUAACUUUUUCCUGAUGUUUUCAGUAAAAUGUCUGAACUGUUAUUGGACUGACUUGCAAUUAUUAAUA